AUGUUCUUCAUUUCAGUCCGACAUUCAAUCCACAUCCAUGCGUGGAAGGAAGUAUUUCUCUAUCAGGAAGCUGAUGCGCUACGGGCCUGGGGUCAUGCACAACGGCUGCAACCGUCUCCCGUCGUGAAUAUCACCAACAACCUCGCAUUGACGCCGCCAAUGGGUUGGAGCUCCUGGAACAAUUUUGGCCCGGACAUUAACGAAACGGUCGUUCGCGACACAAUCGAUGCUAUGGAGCGGUUGGGUCUCAAGGAUGCAGGAUACAUGUACAUCAACAUAGACGACGGUUGGCAGCGCUACAAAGGCUCGCGAGAAGAACAUCCGCUCGAGGUCGAUCCAGUCAAGUUUCCCAACGGAAUGAAAGCGGUCGCCGACUAUGCCCACUCCAAGGGUUUCAAGCUCGGCAUCUACAGCGGACCAGGCGUAGACACCUGCGCAGGGUACACAGGCUCCGAAGGCCAUGCUGCCGAAGACGCAAAACUGUUCGCAUCCUGGGGAAUCGACCACCUGAAAUACGACGCCUGCUGCUCGCACGUCGACGAGCCGCAAGCCGUGGUGCAACAAGUUAUGCUCGACAUGAGCACCGCGCUCAUCGCGACCAACCGCUCCAUCGUCUUCCACGCGUGCCACUGCGGCUGGGCCAAUAUCUGGGAAUGGGCCGCCGAGGAGGGCGCAAACCAGUGGCGCAUCGGCCAGGACAUAUCCGACGACUUCAACUACCCCGGCAACCGCGAGAAGUACUACUUCGACGUGCUCGACAUGCUGGACCGCGGGAACGACGUCGCAAAGUGGACGGGCCCCGGCCACUGGAAUGACUACGACAUGCUGAUUGUAGGGCUCGACGGCGAGAGCAAGCAGCUUGUUGGUACGGGCCUGAGCGACCUCGAGUACCGCACGCACUUCUCGCUGUGGGCACUCGCGGCCAGUCCGCUGCUCAUCGGUGCGAAUAUCACCAAGCUCUCGCAGUACGACUUGCAGACUCUGACGAACAAGGAGAUCAUCGCGGCAAACCAGGAUCCGCUCGGUUUGCCGAUUACGCUGCAGUGGUCGGCGCCGGAUAACAAGACGCAAAUCUACUCCAAGGGCAUGCAGGACGAGAGUUUGGUGGUAGCGUUGCUAAACCGCGGGACGGAGACGGCGAGUAUCACAGUAGAUAUGCGGGCGCAUUUGACGGUGCCGUGGGACGUGUAUCGGGUGAGGGAUUUGUGGAAGAAGGUUGAUAGGGGGCCGUACGACAUCCCAUUUACGACAGAGGUGCAGGCGCAUGAGGCGAAGGUUUUUAGGGUUUGGAAGGUGGCGUGUACGGUGGGCUGUUAG